GUGAGGGGAGGAGCGCGCGGCGAGCGCCCCUCUGGCUCCGUGCGAGGCAGCGGCGGAGCCCGGCGCUGGGACCGGCCCGCGAUGGAGUGAGCCCGGCCGCUCCCGCCGCCGCCGCCUCCUCCUCGCUGGCCGCUCCCCGGGGCGGCUGCGCCAGCCCCGGCCCCGCCGCCCGGCUGAGGGCCGCCUCCUCGGUGUGCCGCAGGGGCGCAGCCCGGUGGCGGACGAGCGGGGAGCGCGCCCCGGCCGGCAGAGCAGGCAGGCAGGCAGGAGGAGCCCCCCCGGGGGAGGGGCUGGCGCUGGGUGCCCGGCUGCCGGGCGCGGGGAGCGGAGAGAUGGCGGCGGGGAGAGCCCGGCGGCUCCUCGGUUCCCUCUGGCUCGCCCUUCUCCUCGGGCAGCCCGACCCGGCCGGCGCCGCCGCUCGGAGCGGCUCCCAGAGCCUCCUCACAGGAUCCCUUGUGAGAACCUUCACUCCUUUUUACUUUCUGGUGGAGCCAAUGGACGUUCUGUCAGUUCGCGGAGCUUCUGUCAUAAUGAACUGUUCAGCUUACUGUGAAACUUCUCCAAAAAUUGAAUGGAAAAAAGAUGGGACUUUUCUAAACUUGGUGUCAGAUGAUCGUCGCCAGUUGCUACCAGAUGGAUCUUUAUUAAUAAACAGUGUGGUGCAUUCCAAGCAUAAUAAACCUGAUGAAGGAUAUUACCAGUGUGUGGCAACUGUGGAAAGCCUGGGGACCAUUGUCAGCAGAACAGCAAAGCUAACAGUAGCAGGCCUUCCCAGGUUCACCAGUCAGCCAGAAUCAUCAUCUGUCUAUAAAGGAAACAGUGCAAUCCUUAACUGUGAAGUCAAUAUUGACCUUGCACCGUUUGUGAGGUGGGAGCAGGACCGCCAGCCAGUCUUUCUGGAUGAUCGUGUAUUUAAAUUACCGAGUGGUGCUCUAAUUAUUAGCAAUGCUACUGAUCUGGAUGGAGGACUCUAUCGCUGCAUCAUUGAAAGUGGUGGGACCCCCAAAUACAGUGACGAAGCAGAGCUCAAAAUUCUUCCAGAUCCCGAGGUGCCACAGAACUUGAUGUUUGUGAAGCAGCCUUCUUCACUUACUAAAGUUACUGGGCAAAGUGUGGUUUUUCCAUGUGUUGCCUCAGGAUUUCCAACUCCAUAUAUCAGGUGGACGAGAAAUGAAGAAGAGCUUAUAACGGAAAGCUAUGAGAGAUAUCUUCUGCUGGCGGGAGGCAGCCUGGAGAUCAUCGAUGUUACAGAAGAGGAUGUUGGGACGUAUACCUGCACAGCGGAUAACGGAAAUGAGACGAUUGAAGCUCAAGCAGAACUUACAGUUCAAGUUCCUCCUGAAUUUCUGAAGCGGCCCGCAAAUAUUUAUGCUCAUGAAUCUAUGGACAUUGUAUUUGAGUGUGAAGUGACUGGAAAACCUACCCCAACUGUGAAAUGGGUCAAGAAUGGCGACAUGGUGAUCCCAAGUGACUAUUUCAAAAUUGUCAAAGAACAUAAUCUGCAAGUUUUGGGUCUGGUGAAAUCAGAUGAAGGAUUCUAUCAGUGCAUUGCAGAAAAUGAUGUUGGAAAUGCACAGGCUGGAGCCCAGCUGAUAAUACUUGACCUUGAUGUUGCCAUCCCAACAUUACCUCCCACUUCACUGACCAGUGCCACUAAUGACCAUCUAGCACCAGCUACAACAGGACCGUUGCCUUCAGCCCCGCGGGACGUCGUGGCCACCCUCGUCUCCACUCGCUUCAUCAGACUGACGUGGCGGACGCCUGUAUCGGACCCUCAAGGAGACAACCUCACCUAUUCAAUCUUCUACACCAAGGAAGGUAUAAACAGGGAACGCGUUGAAAAUACCAGUCGGCCUGGCGAGACGCAAGUGACGAUCCAAAACCUGAUGCCAGAAACAGUUUAUGUCUUUCGAGUUGUGGCUCAGAACAAGCACGGCCCUGGAGAGAGCUCCGUACCGCUCAAGGUGGCAACUCAGCCUGAGGUUCAGCUUCCUGGUCCAGCACCCAACAUCCGAGCGCACGCCAGUUCUCCCACCUCCAUCAGUGUCACCUGGGAAACACCGCUGUCAGGCAAUGGAGAAAUCCAGAACUACAAGCUCUACUACAUGGAGAAGGGGCAGGACACUGAACAGGAUGUUGAUGUAGGAGGACUCUCCUACACCAUCAGUGGAUUAAAGAAAUACACAGAGUAUAGUUUCCGAGUGGUAGCUUACAAUAAACACGGCCCUGGAGUCUCGACCCACGAUGUUGUUGUACGAACGUUGUCAGAUGUCCCCAGUGCUCCACCACAGAAUCUAACGCUGGAGGUACGGAAUUCCAAGAGCAUCAUGCUGCACUGGCAGCCGCCUCCGGCAGGGACGCACAGCGGGCAAAUCACCGGCUACAAAAUUCGCUACCGGAAAGUGUCCCGCAAGAGCGAUGUAACGGAGAGCAUUGGUGGGACCCAGCUUUUUCAGCUAAUCGAAGGUCUUGAACGAGGUACAGAAUACAGCUUCCGAGUAGCUGCCUUGACCGUUAACGGUACUGGACCAGCUACUGACUGGAUAUCAGCAGAAACGUUUGAGAGUGAUCUAGAUGAAACUCGUGUUCCUGAAGUUCCAAGUUCCUUACAUGUCCGUCCACUUGUCACCAGUAUCGUAGUAAGCUGGACUCCACCUGAAAACCAGAACAUCGUGGUGAGAGGCUAUGCUAUCGGGUACGGCAUCGGCAGUCCCCACGCACAGACCAUCAAGGUGGACUAUAAGCAGAGAUACUACACCAUUGAAAACUUAGACCCAAGCUCCCACUAUGUCAUAACUCUGAAAGCCUUUAACAACGUUGGCGAAGGAAUCCCUCUCUACGAGAGCGCGGUGACCAGGCCUCACUCAGACACUUCCGAGGUUGAUUUGUUUGUUAUUAAUGCUCCAUACACUCCAGUGCCAGAUCCGUCUCCCAUGAUGCCACCGGUGGGAGUUCAGGCUUCCAUUCUGAGUCAUGACACCAUCCGGAUCACUUGGGCAGACAACUCUCUGCCAAAGAACCAGAAGAUCACAGAUGCUCGCUACUACACGGUUCGCUGGAAAACCAAUAUUCCUGCAAACACGAAGUACAAGACUGCAAAUGCGACCACUUUGAGCUAUUUAGUGACUGGGUUAAAACCAAACACCUUGUAUGAAUUCUCGGUGAUGGUGACCAAAGGUCGAAGAUCAAGUACUUGGAGUAUGACAGCACAUGGAACAACUUUUGAAUUAGUUCCUACUUCUCCUCCCAAAGACGUGACUGUGGUGAGCAAAGAGGGAAAACCUCGGACAAUAAUUGUUAACUGGCAGCCUCCAUCCGAAGCCAAUGGCAAAAUUACAGGGUACAUCAUUUACUACAGUACGGAUGUGAAUGCUGAAAUACAUGACUGGGUUAUUGAACCCGUCGUGGGAAACAGACUGACCCAUCAGAUACAAGAAUUGACCCUUGAUACGCCGUAUUAUUUCAAAAUUCAGGCCCGCAACUCGAAGGGCAUGGGGCCUAUGUCCGAGGCAGUUCAGUUCAGAACCCCAAAAGCCGAAUCCUCAGAUAAAAUGCCUAACGAUCAAGCUUCAGGAUCUGCGGGGAAAGGAAGCCGCCCAGUGGACAUAGGGCCAGAUUACAAACCACCGCUCGGCGGCAGUAACAGCCCCCACGGAAGUCCUACUUCUCCCUUGGACAGCAACAUGCUCCUUGUAAUCAUCGUGUCUGUUGGUGUGAUCACCAUUGUGAUCGUGGUGAUAGUCGCUGUCUUCUGCACCCGUCGUACAACUUCUCACCAAAAAAAGAAAAGAGCUGCCUGCAAAUCAGUGAAUGGGUCCCAUAAGUACAAAGGAAACUCCAAAGAUGUCAAGCCUCCUGACCUUUGGAUCCAUCAUGAAAGACUGGAGCUAAAACCCAUUGAUAAAUCUCCAGAUCCCAAUCCAAUCAUGACAGAUACCCCAAUCCCUCGCAACUCCCAAGACAUCACCCCAGUUGAUAAUUCCAUGGACAGCAAUAUCCAUCAAAGGCGGAACUCCUACAGAGGGCAUGAGUCAGAGGAUAGCAUGUCCACACUGGCAGGAAGAAGGGGGAUGAGGCCCAAGAUGAUGAUGCCUUUUGAUUCUCAACCACCUCAGCCUGUGAUUAGUGCUCAUCCCAUCCAUUCACUCGAUAACCCUCACCAUCAUUUCCACUCCGGCAGCCUCGCUUCUCCAACUCGCAGCUAUCUCCAUCACCAGGUCAGCCCGUGGCCGAUUGGCACAUCCAUGUCCCAUUCAGACAGGGCCAAUUCCACAGAAUCUGUUCGAAACACACCUAGCACGGACACCAUGCCGGCUUCCUCCUCUCAGACGUGCGCUGACCACCAGGAUCCUGAAAGCACCACAGGGUCUUACCUGGCUAACUCCCAGGAGGAGGAUUCAGGGCAGAACCUCCCGACGGCACACGUCCGUCCUUCCCACCCGCUGAAGAGCUUUGCGGUGCCAGCGGUUCCCCCGGCCGGCGCCGCGUACGACCCUGCAUUGCCAAGCACGCCACUACUGACUCAGCAAGCUCCUAACCAUCCAGUUCACUCGGUGAAGACUGCGUCAAUUGGGACUUUAGGAAGAACUCGGCCUCCUAUGCCGGUGGUAGUUCCCAGUGCCCCUGAUGUGCAGGAGACCACCAGGAUGCUUGAGGACUCGGAAAGCGUAGAAUUAUGAACCGGAUGAGCUGACCAAAGAGAUGGCCCACCUGGAAGGACUUAUGAAGGACCUUAAUGCCAUCACUACAGCAUGACCACCUUCACCAGGACAUGACUCCAACGCGUUUCACAAGUCUUGGGACUCAGCCUUGGAACACAAGGAAUUGUACAGAGGGGAAAAAAAAAGAUUAAAAAAAAAAAAAAAAAAAAAAAAAAAA